AUGACUGCGUCUGAGGAGGAAAGCAAAGGUGAUGUGACAUGUACCGGCGAGCCUUCUUGCAACAAGCAGCAGAUCCUUCAAUCACCACAAGAGGCAGUCAGCACAUCAGCCGACUCGGUUGAGGUGUUGCAAAAGCGGCUGCAGGAGAAGGAACUAGAGUUGGAGCCCUUGCGAACGUCGGUUGCAGAUCUGCAGGAGAAACUCGAGCUUUCAAAGAAGGAGGCCGCCGUAAGAGAACAGGAGUUGGCAGCCUCGCGAACGCAAAAUGAUGAACUUAAUCGAGAGGUUGCAGAUCUACAGGAGAAACUCGAGCUCUCGAAGAAGGAGGCCGCCGUAAAAGAACAGGAGUUGGCAGCCUCGCGAACGCAAAAGGAUGAACUUACUCGAGAGGUUGCAGAUAUGCAGGAGAAACUCGAGCUCUCGAAGAAGGAGGCCGCCGUAAAGGAACAGGAUUUGGCAGCCUCGCAAACGCGAAACGAUGAACUUACUCGAGAGGUUGCCGAUCUGCAGGAGAAACUCGAGCUCUCAAAAAAGGAGGCCGCCGUAAAGGAACAGGAGUUGGCAGCCUCGCGAACGCUAACCGAUGAAAUUACUCGAUCGGUUGCAGAUCUGCUGGAGAAAAUCAAGCUCUCGAAGAAGAAGGCCGCCGUAAAGGUAUGUAUAUCACCAAUUUAA